ACGCGCUCGUCUCCAUGGGAGCAGGGAGGAAGCGGAAGUGUGUGCGGGUUUGUUUACAUUGUGUGUGUGGGACUGCGUGGGGUUGUUGAGCUGCAGCAGCAGAGAAACUUGCUAAAUAAGUCAAGUGCUGACUGAAUAACAAAGAGAGGCUCCCAAUAUUAUUCAUAAUAAAAGCGUGAAUACAGAAAGGAUAUCAGUCUCAAGCUAACAGUCAGUGAAGAUGGACGUCAGCGUCUCCGUGUCGUUCUUUCAAGACGAGCUCGCCUCUACCAUCGAGCACGCAGUGAAAGCGGCUGUAGACACCGUCUUGUGCGAAAUCACAAAAGUUGUCGGCGGCAAAUUCACUGAAUUCCAAAUGGAAAUGGCUGGAAAGAAGAAAGAGAAUGAAAGUCUGAAGCUGAGAUUGGAAAUAUCAGAGAGCGAGUUGAAAGCGGUGCGUCUGUGUGUCAGCGCUGCGGAUGCAAACAUCAGACAAGGCCUCGGAAACAUGAACACGGACUGUAAGAAACAAAACCAUCCGAGGAUUGAGAGCCAGAGGUUAUUUACCAGAGUUAAAGAUUCUGGAGAGAGACGUGCUUUCAGUGAAGCAGAGAAGGGGCCAGUGAUAGAAGCUGUUUACACACAAGAGGAAAUCUGUGAUCAGGAGUGGUGUGGAAGAAUAAUGGAGAUUACAGACCUGACAACUGUAGAAAGUAAAGAGAUCCCUGAACUUGAACCUGUCCACAUUAAAGAGGAGGCUGUAGAGCUGGAGUGUGAUCACAUCACACAGGAGGUUAGUAAAGAAAAUAAAGUCAAUACACUGGAGGAGAAUAUAGUUAAGAUGGAAUCUAGCUGCUGUGAGGAUUGUCCUCCUGAACAGAUCUGCAUGAAACCCAAUCAGCCUGUCUCUGAAGACACUGGUUCUAGUGUUGGAGAAGAGGGCACUGUGCUGGGGUCCAUUCAGAGGAAACAUCACCCCCCUCAGGAAAGAGCUGCAGAUGGAAAGGAGGAAGGAGCGAUGCCGUCCACGAGCAGCACAGCAUAUCUAGGAAGACGCACCUCCACUCCAGCACCCCAGAGCAAAAUCUCUUCUGAUGGGAAACUGCAGCGUAAGCAGAAACACAGAGAUUCGACACCCCAAGAUGAUUAUGUGAAGAAACUGAGAACUCGCUCGGUUCAGAAUCUUUCUGCACAAGAUAGCCGACCACUUCCUGUGGGAUAUACAGCAACUCCACAUCCCGACAGCUCUGCAACCCAGGGCAACUUCAUUUCCGUACAAACUCCCCAGCAGAUUCCUUCAGAGCAGAUCUUGUAUCGCUGUACUGUAUGUGGCACCAAUUUCAGUAACCGAGGAAAGCUGAAAAUACACCAGCGUAGUCACACAGGAGAGAAAUCCUAUCACUGUACAGAGUGUGGGAAGACAUUCAGAGGUGCAACUGGAUUAAAACUACACCAACCUAUUCACACAGGAGAGAAACCGUUUCACUGUGCAGAUUGUGGGAAGGGUUUUAAUCAGAAAGUACACCUUCAAACACACCAGCGAAUUCACACAGGAGAGAAACCGUUUCACUGUGCAGAGUGUGGGAAGAUAUUCAGAUUUGCAACUGGAUUAAAAGUACACCAACGUAUUCACACAGGAGAGAAACCGUAUGAGUGUCCUGACUGUGGGAGGAGUUUCAGUUUCAAAGCUAACCUGCAAAGACACCAGCGAAUUCACACAGGAGAGAAACCGUUUCACUGUGCUGAUUGUGGGAGGCGUUUUAGUCAGAAAGGUGCUCUUCAAAAACACCAGCGAAUUCACACAGGAGAGAAACCGUAUGAGUGUCCUGACUGUGGUAGGAGUUUUAAUCAGAAAGAAAGCCUUCAAUCACACCAGCUAACUCACAGUACAGAUAAACCAUUUCACUGUGCUGAUUCUGGGAAAGGUUUUAAUCGUAAAACUUUACUUCAAGCACACCAGCGAAUUCACAAGGGAGAGAAACCGUAUAAGUGUUUUGAUUGUGGGAGGAGUUUUUAUCAGAAAGGUGAUUUUCAAAGACACCAGCGAACUCACACAGGAGAAAAACCAUAUAAGUGUCCUGACUGUGGGAGGCGUUUUAAUCGCAAAGGUAACCUUCAAAAACACCAGCUAACUCACACAGGAGAGAAACCAUACGAGUGUCCUGACUGUGGGUGGCGUUUUAAUCAGAAAUGUAACCUUCAAACACACCAGCGAAUUCACACAGGAUUGAAACUGUAUGUGAGUCCAGUAUGUGGGAGGAGUUUCAGUCGAAGACGCAGCCUCAGAACACACCACAUAACCCACACUGGAGUGAAACCUUUUGAGUGUAGUGAGUGUGGGAAGAGAUUUGCAGUGUCAAAUAAACUAAAGAAACACAGUCUAGUUCACAGAGAUUCAGUCAGUCAGGACACUUAAAAACAAAACAAAAACAAUUCAGUUUACUCAAUGAAAGCAUCUCAAUCACACCAGAAUACCAAAGCAGACCCUGCGUCUCUCUCGUCGGUUUCAAAUGCAGGGAGCUGUGAAAAUAAACAAAUUCAACAAAAAAUCCCAAGCCUGCUGUGUAUGCAAAUGAUUGUAGCCCUGUUUCCUACAGCAGUGCUUCUGAAACUGGGGAGGCACAGAAUGUAUUCUGGGGGGGGGGGGGGGUGAGAAAGCUCAUGCAAACAUGUGUAGAAAUGACCGCACACAUCUUAAUCUGUAUAUAUAUUAAAACAAAUGCUACUGCUGACACCUCCUGCCACACGAAGUACCGCAGACGAGAGGAAGGGUCCCAGGGUGUCAGCUUCAACAACAUCACUGGGGAGUGGCUUCCAGACCCUCACAAUUCUCUGUGUAAAAAAAGCGCCUCCUAUUUUCUUCUCAAUUUAAGGGUUCAUAUUUCCAGUGACAGAUGUUAGAACAUUAGUAGCUACACCACAACCCUGCAGUUUUGCAGUUACAGACGCACACAUUUCCUGGGCGAGAUCCUUCGUCACGUAGCAGCUUUGUGAAGAUCCCGGUGAUUCCAAAGAAAAAUCAUUCAAGUCGCUUUGCCGGUCAGAGAUACUUACAUCUAUCAUUGGAAAUAUGGAGGAACUUGUGCAUGAAUUGCAUUCAGAUAUAAAAGAUGAUGUAAUGGGCUUCGUAUCUUCUCAUGACAUCAUUAGAUCUAAGAUGGAGCAAAGCUUCGACAGCUUUGAAGAUCAAUUUACAAACUUUAAUACCGAAGCUAAAUGGAAACAACAUUUCAGUGAAUAAUGGGGUGUAUUUGUAUUUUGAUUUUAAGUUGUAUAGUUUGGGAAUUGAAAUAAGUAUCGUGGCACUUUGAGGGCUGGUUAUGCAAUGGGAAUUUCUAUAAAUAUGGAGAUAUAAAGGAAGAUGUAAAUAUCACUCCUUCCACAGAAGGUGCAGGUUUGUCACUGCUUCCAUUGAAUUGAGGAGAUCGCAGCCAAAAGUGUGUUCACAAAGAACGUCCAAAAUAUGAGAUCCAAAGGCAACCAAACCACUCACCGUGGACACAAAAUUUUGGCUGUGAUGUCAAAAUCUCCCGAGUUAAAGUGAAACAGUAACAAAGUGUCAUGUUCUGGAGUUAAAUGCAUUUGUGUGAAUUACAAGUUGGGCUACAGAAAUAAUACAAAAUAACCCAGGAUGGCAGUGAGGACAUUUUGAUUUGGGAAAUGAUAUUCAAGUGUACUUUUUUUCCUUUACCAGCAGUUAUUCUUGUGGAUGAACACUGUUGUCUAAAAGUAACUGACAUCCAAAAAUUAUAAACUGUACUUGGUGUCCAAAAGGUGUAUUUUGUGAAAUAAAUGCUUUGAUUUAAUAGA